AAAUUCAUGCUUUUCUCCUCCCCUUUCUCUUUCUUAGUUUCUCUCUCUCUCUCUCUCUCCUGUCUUCUCUCCUGCAGCUGCUGGAUGUGAUUCUCCACCACCUCCUCCUUCCUAGCUAGCUAGCCAGAGUGAGUACUCCACACCACCACCUCCCCUCUCCUCCGUUUAAUUUCUUCCCUCCCAGCUAGCUGCUGCAGCCUGCAGCUCUCGCCUUGCUUUCUUCUUCUCUUUCCAUACACAAAUCCCCAACAAAGAAAAGUGCGAAUUUAUAAAGAAAAGAUCAGAAUUCAAAGCAGAAGUAAAGCUAGAGGAGAUAGGGGUGGUGAGGGGAGGGGAGGAAAUAUAUCUCACCACUAACUGGCUUCCAUGGUGUUCCCUUCAGUGCCUGCCUACCUAGAUCCACCUAAUUGGAAUAACCAGCAAGGGCAGCCGCCCAGGCCGGCGAACGUAGGCGGCGGCGAUGCACAGCACCUGCCGGUCGGGCCGACCGCAGCUGCGGCGGCGCCGGGCGAGAUCGGGGGGCUGCCAACAAGCAGCUCGUCGGCCAGCGCGGCGGCGGCCGCGGCGCAGCAGGCGCGGCCGAACUCAAUGGCGGAGCGCGCGCGGCUGGCGCGGGCGCCGCAGCCGGAGCCGGCGCUCAAGUGCCCGCGCUGCGACUCCACCAACACCAAGUUCUGCUACUACAACAACUACUCCCUCUCCCAGCCCCGCCACUUCUGCAAGACCUGCCGCCGCUACUGGACGCGCGGCGGCUCGCUCCGCAACGUCCCCGUCGGCGGCGGGUGCCGCCGGAACAAGCGCUCGGGCAAGUCCUCCUCCGCCGCCGCCGCCGGCGCGUCGUCCUCCUCCUCCAAGCCGUCCUCGUCGGCGGCCAGGCAGCUGCCCGGCGGUGGCGCGUCCCCGAUGCCGUCCGCCGCGGCGUCCACGCAGCCAGGAGGCGCCGCCGCCGGCGCGAUCAUCCCGCCGUCGGGCCUCAGCUCCAUGUCUCACCACCUCCCGUUCUUGGGGGCGAUGCACCCGCCGGGGCCCAACCUAGGGCUAACCUUCUCCGCCGGAUUCCAGCCUCUCGGCGGCAUGCACCACCACGUGGACACGGCGGACCAGUUCCCGGUGGCAAGCGGCGGCGGCGCCACCAUUGGCGCGUCACUCGAGCAGUGGAGAGUGCAGCAGCAGCAGCAGCAGCAGCCACAACAGCAUCAGUUCCCGUUCCUCGGAGGAGCACUCGAGCUUCCGCCGCCGCCGCCGAUGUACCAACUGGGACUGGAAGCUACUCGAGCAGCAGGCACCGGAGCAACGGCGGCGGCGGCGUUCACGUUAGGGCAGACCAGUGCUACAGCCACCACGUCAAGGCAGGAAGGUUCAAUGAAACUGGAAGAUAGCAAAGGGCUGGAGAUGAGCCUGCAGAGGCAGUACAUGGCGGCUCUACGCCAAGGAGAUGGUGUCUGGGGUAACAACAACGGCGGCAAUGGCGGCAGCGACGGUGGCGGCAAUGGCGGCGGUGGCAGCUGGACAAUGAACUUCCCUGGAUUCCAUUCGUCAUCAGGCGGCGGCGGCGAUGAUGGCGGCGGAGUGUUGUAGUACACUACUUCUAGCUAGGUCACACGAUUGAUCUGGCUCAUCAACAAUUCGACAAGAGGUUUUUCUAAUUAAUUUGCAUGGUUUGAGCAAAUGCAAAGAGGAGGCAAAGAAGAAAGGAGGGCUUGACUUGAGUGUUAAACUCUUCAUCAAGUAGAAGCACACGGCUAGCUAGCUCAUGAUGAUCUCAGGUAGGGUGGUUUAAGUUAAAGCUGCUCUUUAGUUAACGCUUUUUUUCCGCCAUUUGGUUUUGAACUCAAAGGUGUGCCAGUGUUGUGUCCAUAGUGUCGCCUUUUUCAACUUUUUUACAGUAUUGUUUACAGGGGGUUAAUAUAUAUAACCAAACGUGGUGCAUUGGGGGUAUAUAUGAUCAGGGAUAUAGUAUUUGACUUGGAGAGAUUGGAGAUUGAUCAAAUUACCUCUCAUUAGUUCUGCAAAAACUUGCAUGAAAUUAAUGUAUGGUUUGUGUGCCCUUUAAUGUUUA